AUGCGCCGCGCGCCACCGCUGCUGCUGCUGCUGCUGGCGACAGCCGCCGCCGGCGAGCCCCCGCAAGUCGUCGCCAAUGAAUCCAUCGACGCGCUUAUCAGCAAUGAUACCAUCGUCGUCGACAAUCACAACGGUACGCUGGUGCUGCGUGAUGUGAACGGUACCGAGAUUGAGCUAGACGGUGCCCCCGAUGAAGUAGUGCGGAAGAAACGGACUUUUGGCGACAUAGUGUUUAGAGGCUUAGCUGACGUGCUCGGCUACAGUGUGCAGAGGAAGCCUCCUCAAGCUGAAUUCCCGCCUCCUCUUGCGCCAGUCCCCGGGAUUGACGCUCCACUGGCUGGGCCGGCACCUGCCCCUGCCCCGGCCCCCGCUCCGGCAGCUCCCCCGUGUGGGCAGCCCCGUGCAGCUGCACCGCCACCCUGCAGAGCCGUAAAGCCGCCCCCGCCACCACCUCCACCACCCCGACCUAAGGCCGUACCUCCGUGCCCAAAACCCCGAGCGGCACCGCGACCCAAACCUAAGCCGACUCCACCGAAACAAGCCGACAACCUCGAAAGGAUCACCUCGAAUCUUAGAUUAAACUUCAACUUUAAUCGAAGUCCCGUCACUCCGGUUACACCAGCCCCUGCACCGGCCGCCGAAGCAGUUCAAAACGAAGCUGAAGCCCAGGUAGACAGUCAGGAACAGUUCGUGCCAAUACCUAUUGCACCUCGUGCAGCAAAACUACCGCAAACCGAACCGCGACAGCCGCGCGUAUACGUCGAUGCGUUUGUUGUUAGAAACGGAGUGGCGCGCCGAGUUAACACAGUUGACGCAAAACAGUUCGAUCCGCAGAGAGCUAACAAUUUCGACGAAGACUACCUCGCUUACGAUGACGACGCCGCUCGACAACAGCUGGACGACGAUGACGACGAUUAUGAAGACGUGCAGGAGUCUCGGGACCGCGAAGCAGCUGUGCGACAGUUCGGUAACGCUGUGGACCAAUUUUGGCAAAAUAAAAAGCAGCAGAGAAAGCCAGCUCAGCAGAAGGCUCAGAGACUUCCCGCUAAUCAUUAUCAGAACGUACAUUUCGGAGACAGAGAUCUAGGCGACCAAAUACGCCGCCAUGACCGUGACGAUUCUCAUCAGAGUCUGCAGCGCGAGCGACCUCGUCCCAACAGGAUCCCACUGCCUUUGCCGGAAGCAGAAGAUGACUCUGAGGUCACAACCACGACAGAAGAUCCCAAAAAACCUUUGAAACCGCGCGUGUUGCCGCCAACCGAGCACAACCCGAAUCAAAUCGAUACAGUCACGGUACGAGUGCCACCGAUAUACCGUGAGAAACGACCGAGAAAGCUGCAUCGCGAGCGCCCAGAGCAACCAGACAGGGACGAGGAGGAAUACGAGCAACCGAGGUACGACCAGCCCAGGGAGUUCAGCAGCACGGAGCAGCAAGAGUACGAACAGCACAGCGAGCAGGACACCGACGGGGACGACAGCUCCCUGGCGCCCCGCACCGAGCGACCUGCCAAGCGCAAGCGGCGCCGCAAGCAGAGCCGCAAGACGCGCGCUACCGGCGAGUACUACACCGCCGGAGAUUACGACUACUACGGUAACAAGGUACCCGUCUCGAAAGAAGAGAAGUUUUAUAUGGAUCUAACAGUACCGCCGCCCACUGUCGACUCAGAUGUAGCAAGACACGAGAAGCCUGUCGACAGCGGAUAUUUUCUAGAAGAUCAUGAACGGAUACGAGAAGACCCAAGCCAUAGGAUCCGAGACGACGACAGGAGUAAUGAAUCGGGCGACUCGGAGCGAGCUGAUGAUAGGGAGCGAGCUGGCGACGAGGAGCGGAGUGCAGAGGACAAGGAGCGAUCCGUGGAGGACAAGGAGCGCGCUGGAGAGGAGGGCCGCGCGGACGAGCGCGAGCGCACCGACCGGCUGAGUCCCAACGCACGCGUGCGCGAGACUGGCUACCAGAGCAACUACGUGCGCGCCACCAACGUGCAAGUGGACAACCCGCGGCCCGCCUUCUCCGUCGUCUCCAGCAAACAGAAGCCGACCAACAAGGCGUGA